AUGGCAGCCGACAUCGCAACUCCCCUGACUGCCAUCCCCACGGCGACGGCGGCAGACGCAGCAACACUUCUCAAUGACCUCGAUGACCUCGACCUCCCCGACUUCGACCCAGCAAUCCACCUUGCGUUCCAACCACCCGCCCAACGCCACACGUUUGGCGAAGUUGGCCUCCCCAAGCCGCCGCACAAUGUCCCCGAUCUGUGCUACACGGACCCGUUCCCCCUGUUUUCCGCCGAAGGGGUGCGCAUCCUCCGACGAGAGAUGCUCAGUAAGCCGAUCUUGGACAGGUACCUCAAGUCGUGGGAGCGGGCUCCGGCGUAUGUAGCUGGUCAUGAAAAGUCGGCAAAGUUCACGCUUCAGGCAUGGCAACAUCCCGCCACUCAGGCUGCCAUCGACAGAGCCGCUGGAUUUCCGCUCCGUCGACUCUACAAGACCGGCGACAUCGGCAUGCUCAACAUCCAACUCGGCCCCGAAGGGUUGGCGGGCGUCUAUAAGCUCACGGAGACGCCCCUGCCACCACAAUCGCCGCUGGAUUUGGAAAAGUCCGUGUACGACAACGUCCCGAUCGACUCGUGGCACAAAGACCAGGUCCCCGUCGUGUGUGUGGUCAUGCUGAGCGACACGAGCGCGAUGCAGGGCGGCGAGACAGCGAUCAAGACCGGCGACGGGUCCAUCGUCAGAGUCAAAAGCCCAACCAUCGGCGGAGCUGUCAUCAUGCAAGGCGGGUGCACCGAGCACGCGGCCCUGCGAGCGACCAAUGUCCCCGAACGAAUCAGCAUGGUGACCAGCUACACGUAUGCGGAUCCCAAUAUGGACGACCGGUACUCUUCCCUGCGGAGCGUCGACCCGGCAAACGACGACAUGGCCCUGAUGAUCAACCUGUUCCUUAAGGACAAGCUCACCCGUCUUCGGGGUCGCAUUGAUCUGGUUUUGGCAGGCCUGGCCGAGAAGGAGAACACGGGAGAAAUGAUUCAACGGGACGAGGUUGAGCGAUGGAUCAAAGACCAAACGGAAUUUCUGCGGCGCAGUGCAUGGGAAAUGUUUGAACGGGUCCCAAAUUUCCUGCAUAAGGAUCCGCCAGAGGACGUUAUCCAGGAUUAUCUCAAAUAG